UAAAAAACAAAUUGUAAAAAUACCAAAACAAGAGAAAAUAUUUUGUGAUUAGAUUAAAAUUGAAAUUUGGUAUUAAAUACGCAAGAUGGGACGUGAUGGAGAUCGACAAUCGCGUUUUGGACCUCCAAACACUUACAAAUCAUCAAAUUCGGCAGUUCCACUGAUGAGUUUAAAGUCUGGAAUGGCUCGAAAUUCUUAUGGAGAUAAUAUAUUUCCAACACAAAAUUUUGGAUCUUCUAUGCCAAACUACAAAACUCCUGAACAGCUAGCAUUCGAUAGUGAAUUUAAAAAGUGGGAGAAAAGCUUUGAAGAUUGGAAGAGAGCAUAUGCAAAUCAUCCAGACAGAGUAGCUUAUAGAGAAUAUGAGAAGAAGUUCCUUGAUGUACGUGAAAAAUUGAUGGAAAAGCGCAAACAAAUUUACAAUGAAGGACCUGGACCUGCAACUAACUCAUUUGACAAUUUUUUGUCAGCUGCUGAUGCUAUGGCUAAUUCCAUUCUGUCCAAAUUUGGUGAUGCCCCACCACAAAAAGAUUUUCGAGAUGAUGAUCAAUAUAGAGGUGGAUAUUCUCGCGGCAAUAAUCGAGAUGAAAUGUAUGGUCAAGGAAAAAGUGGAAGUUAUGGACGUAAUGAUUCGUAUGGAGGCAGAAGUGGAAGUUUUGAUCGUAAUUUUGGAACGAAUGAUCGCAGUUUUGCAGGAAAUGAUCGCAGUUUUGGAGGAAAUGAUCGCAGUUUUGCAGGAAAUGAUCGCAGUUUUGGAGGCAAUAAUCGCAGUUUUGGUUCCAAUGAUCGUAAUUUCAAUGAUCGCAAGGGUAAUGACAAGGGUUUUGGGAUCAAUGAUAGGGGUUUCAGUGGAAAUGACAGAAAUUUUGGACGAAACUCAAGCAGAGAAGAUCAGAGAGGUGGACGUGAUACUAACCAGCGCGAAGGACGUGACCGAAGAGGUCUUGGAUUUUCAAACAGAAGAGAUAAUUUCGGUAAGGGAGGGGUCCGAGAUAGACAAAAUGAUCGAAAUAGAGGUGACAGAUUUGACCGACAAACGCGAAAACCAACACAAGAGCAGAUUAAUAAAGAACUUAACCGUCGCGAUGUCUAUCCUAAUACUAGAUGGAACUUGAUUUUGAAAGAUUCACGCCCUCCUUUAGUUGGGAAACGUGCAAAGAAGGUUAAUAACAAGAUCCAAAAAGUUAUUGAGAAGAAACGAGCAAUUGCAGCUGGAGAAGUUCCAUUGGAAGACCUACCAUUCUCAGAGAAAGUUGACAAGAUGUUUGAAAUGGCACAAAAAGCAGAAAUUCCCAAACUUCUUCCAGGAUCUGCAAAACGAAGACUUAACAACAUCAAAAAGAAGAAUGAUGCAGACAUAACAAGUGAUGAACGCAAGUUUUUGGCUUAUUGCGACUAUGUUAAUGUAAAGCGUCAAAAGUAUUUCGAUGAGAAAAAGAAGCGCGAAGAGGAAGAAGCAAAAUUAAAAGCUGAAAAUCCAUCAGUCAAUCAGGAGCCAAUGGAUCAAGAACCAUCUCAAUCAUAAAUAAUUAAUUAAUCCUUUCUAUUAUUUUAAGAUAAUUUCGUCAUUAAUGUAUUGAUUUUAAUUUUAAUUAUGAAUAUCAGAAUCUACAAUUGCAUUCUUGAAAUAAAAAAUUAUUAGGAAGUAACACUGAUUUAUGUUUAAUUUAAUUUACAUAAAGCUUUUAUUUCAUUAAUUAAUUCUUUCUUUUGCCUUUUUUCACAAUUGUCCAACCUGGAUCUACAUCUUCUUCCUCAACUUGCAUCGUACUCGUACUUCCACUAGUACUUGGCCCAUUGCUGUCUUUAUUAUUUGUACUGUCACUUUCCAUAUCUUCAUCGUCACUGCCUGAUGAACUGUCAUCUUCUGGAUCUUUUAUAAUAUUAAUUUUAUUUCCUUUAACAAUCCAAUUGUUACAUGGAGAAAGUGCUGUUAAUUCUGAUUUAAUUAAUUCCAACUGUCCACUGUUUAAUAAUUCUAAGUAUCGCAGUAAGAUAUUACUAAUUUCUUUUGUUGAUUGAUCUUGACAGACUGUAUCAAAUUCUUGAUCUAAAAUAUCCUCUAAUAAAUCCAUUAAAUCUUCUUCACUGACUUUGGAAUUCGUUAAAACACACGAAUCUGUAACGUAAUCCACGAAAUCUAAUGCUGUCUAUAAUGGAAUCAAAGUUAUCGCACGUGUUGAAUAAUUCCUCUAAAUAUCAAACCUGUAAUCCAUUUUUAGCCAUUCCAUGCUCGACAGCUAAUUUCAAGGCACUCCAUCUAUUGAAUAUGCAUUCAACAAUCUCCUUAAAUUGAUUCCUCCUCAAUUCUGUUGCCAUUUUAAGAUAGUUCUGUGUCUUUCUGAUCUUUUCCGGCACUCAAAAUGUUUAUGUUCGA